AUGUUACACGUACAACGGUGGUCUGGCUUUAUUAGGCUCCAAUCCAGAAAUUACAGUAGCCAAUAUGUCAAGAUACUACCCGUGUCACAAUUGGCGCCCAGACAACAUCCUGAGUACAUUAGUUCCCCACAUUCAAAGCUUCAUAACAUGAUAUGGACUAGGCCGCUGAGAAACGUGUUGGUCGUGAAAAAACCUCAACAAGGUCAUGUUCUGGAUGCUAUGGUAGGCCUGAUAAACCAUAUUCAUCAAGAGUUGCCCUCAUGCAAUAUCAUCCUUACAGAGGACAUUGUCAAGGAGAUUCAGGACAAACUAGAGGAUGACUCCAAAUCUGGUUCUUCAAUGACUCAUUCUCUGUUUACUGGCUCUAUGGCAGAUAUCACUACAAAAACAGAUCUUAUAGUAUCCCUAGGAGGUGAUGGAACAAUCUUAAGAGCAGUUUCCAUGUUCUCCAACACCAUCGUCCCUCCUAUUCUAUCAUACAGCCUGGGAACGUUAGGGUUCUUGCUUCCAUUCAACUUUAAUAAUUUCAAGGAAUCUUUCAACAAAGUUUACACGUCAAGAGCUAAAGUAUUACAUCGAACAAGAUUAGAAUGUCAUAUUGUAAAGAAAAACAACGAGCUUCCCAUCAAUACUGAAGGAGGUCAACCUAAAGGUAGUAACUAUUCAGAGUUUCCAACAAAGGUACAUGCGAUGAAUGACAUUGUUCUGCAUAGAGGUUCCAUUCCAACGUUGACCACUUUAGAUAUUUUUAUUGACGGAGAGUUUUUGACUAGGACCACUGCGGAUGGGAUAUCAUUCUCGACUCCCACUGGAUCUACCGCUUACUCACUAUCUGCUGGAGGGUCUAUUGUUCAUCCGCUAGUCAAAUGCAUCUUACUGACCCCCAUAUGUCCCCGUUCUUUAUCCUUCAGACCAUUAGUUAUCCCAGCCACUUCUCACAUAAUCGUAAGAGUGGUUGCUAAGGACGUAUCUAGGGAAUGUUCAGUUAAACUAUCUAUAGACGGUGUCCCACAGGUAGGUCUCUCGCAAGACGAUGAGAUCCAUGUGGUCAGCGAGACUGGAACGAUUUAUCUGCCAGAUACUAAACUUCCCCCAGUUUUAGAGAGCCAUAGAGUUGGUCAGCAUAUUAGUGACCAUCAUGAUUCAAAAAUUGCCAAAGUUACCAACAAAGGUAUUGAUAAAACGCACAAAAGUGGGAUUUGGUGCGUGGCAAAAUCAGAAAACGAUUGGACUACAGGAAUCAACAACUUGUUGGGAUUCAACUCCAGCUUUAGAGGCUUUGGAAAACCAUAA